UUCACACCCCCAUCACCAUGAGCGGCAAUAAGAUUUCACUGUCGCUGGGCGCAGCACGUAAGGCUCCGCCGCCGGCGAAUGGCGUCAAACGGCCUCGCGCCGCGCUGUACGAGGAAGAAGAUGAUGGCUCGGCGCUGGGCAGGACAGAGAAGGUGUCGCAUUUCGACUCCAAAGCAGGCGGCGCAGUCGACGUCAACAGCAAGAAGGAGGAAGAAGGGCCUUUGACUAUUGCACCUCAAGUCAAUCGCGAUUGGCGAGACAAGGCGAAUCAGCGCAAGAGACAGAAAAGUGGUCUGCCAGAGGGGCAGAGCGGUAACAGCGAAGCCUUGAAUGAGAGGAUGCGGGAGGUGGAGGCCCGAGUGGAAGCCAGCAAGCCGCAGUUCGGAUUGAAUACCUACAAGAAAGGCGACGGUGCAGGGGACGAGGAGAUGUCGGGCACUGGAGAAGAUGCUGAGCCAGGACAGGAGACUGGGAAGAACGUCGAGACUGCCAAACCGAAGACGGAUGACGAGCUGGCCAUGGACGCACUCUUGGGCAAGACAUCAACAGACAAGACUUUGGUGAUCGAAGGCCGCAAUGCGACUAUGACGGAGGAAGAUGCUUUCGAUCAUGACAUUGCAUCUGCACCUGAUAUGGCCACUCUGGACGACUACGCAAGGGUACCAGUAGAACAAUUUGGAGCGGCUCUACUUCGUGGUAUGGGUUGGAAAGAUGGUGAAGGCAUUGGUAGCCAGAAAGGAAAGAAGAUUGUCAAAGACUCUGGCAAGCCGCCUGAGCGCCGAGCAGCUCUGCUGGGCAUAGGCGCGAAAGAGAAUGCUGCCAUCACACAGGAGAUCGGAGCAUGGGGCAAAGCUGCCCGAGGCAAGGAAGCGAAGAUCUACAACCCAGUACUGAUCAGAGACAAAAAGACCGGGAAGACAUACACCGAGGAGGAGCUGGAGAAGAAGAAGCAGGAUGACGAACGUCGGAAGUAUGAAAUGGAGUUCGACCAGAAAGAACGUGACAAAAGGCGUAGAGACGAUUCUCGAGAUCGACGCAGGGACAAGGGUCGAGACGACUCUAGAGAACGCAAGCACGGCAAGGAAGAUCGUCAUGAUCGUGACCGACGGCGUCGCCAUUACGACUCAGAGAGUGAAGAUGAGUAUCGCCGACGCAAAGAAAAGGAGCGACGCAGGAAGCGGGAGCGUGAGGACGACUACGACCGCGAGAGUUCCCGAAGACACAGAGACCACGAAGACAGUGGCCGAGAAAGACAUCGGGACAGAGAUCGACGAGAUCGUGAUCGCGAACGGGAAAGAGAGCAUAGAAAAUAGCUACGGCAUGGACGAUGCUGACACAUGCUUAGAUCUGAAGCCUUCAUCUCAUCGAUCAAUUCAACGACACCGUCUCAACGUGUUCUGGAAUCUUGCAUCUUUCGCUGUCAAUCUCAGCGAAUUGGAUAUGGCAACGACCAUGACACGAUUUGCAGAUUUCAAGCGAGCACUCAAGCAGCCACGCGGCAUCCACGUGAAGCCACUUUCAAAUACCACCUUCCACUCACUAUUCGGCUCCUCUGUCGGCCAUACAACAUGGCGAUGGCACGCGAUCGUGGCGAAAGCCGGCAAGCCUGUUAUGAACCGCGGUCAAUACUCUGGCCGCAUCUGCCCGAGACACUCUCAUCGGGCCUCUCCACAGCCAAGUACGACCGUGUUCUGCAUUCGUGCAUUGCAAGCCUUUGGCAGUGCCUAGUGUGCCGAAGCCGCGUUGCUCUCAACUCUCACUCAAAUAUUCCCACAGCUUUUUGCAAGCUGCACGCCGCGCUAAGACUCUUCACGUGCGAAAGGUACCUGGGAAUUUUGACGCUUGACGCCAUCGCGUCUAACGUAGGUUUGAUGGACUCCGACAGGCUUGCCGCGCUGCAUGUUGUUUCACCAUCUCCGGACAGUUGUGUAUAGGACAUGCAGAUGGCAGAGAGCUUAUGCAGGUACUUCGCGCGGUGGUGGAGCAGUGUAAUUUGCAUCUACAGAGUACUGUAUCGCACUACUGCCGAGAGUUGAGAUGUAGGUGCUACUGUGCGGCUACUGUAGGUACAGAGACACCAUGAGCGAUGAGGCUUAUGCAGGAACUUGCGCUGGACUGCUAUUUCAAGCGAUGAGGCGGGCUUACGACGGCCGAUGGACCAUCCUCCUGCAGAACGCAUGUGAUGGAGAGCACAUGAGUGAGAUGCACGAACACGGAGAGCGAGAGCAUCGGAGAACAGCGAACGAUGACUGUGACGGUCAUCACAGUGGUGGCCUUCGUCAGCUCAUGCUGAAGUCCUACGCCGCAGGUCAGAUUCCGCCGGUUUCAUGGCAUAACCGCGUGAACAACAUAGCGCGAACUCGGCAUCGGCCGUAUGCAUGGCCUUAUCAGAUUGCACCUGAGCAUACAGUAUCACGAGACAGAUAAUAGAAUCCGCGUUACUGCUGCAAGAGUGGUGAGCAACGAGCACCUCAUCCACGCCAUACCAUAUCAUAUCACAUCAAAAAUUUCCCACGAAAGAGC